GAUUUUGGCUUUUAUUGCAAAUAAAAAUUAAAAAAUCUGUUCAUGCCAGAUUUCUUUAUGGGAUUCUGUUAAGAGCAUAGUAUUUUCAUGGGAUUCUGUUAUAUAUCACAAAAUUGUAAUGAGACAUCAUAAUUCAGACAUAUUCAUGCUUUCCCACCAUCACAAUCUGUAAAGGGGCAAAAACCACAACCAGAAAAGAAAAAUCUUACCUUUUCAAUAUUUUUUGACCAAUUCAAGAAUUCCUUCCUUCUCUGUUCAUUUCACACACAUACACACACAUACCUUUUCCAUGAAGGAAAUGUGGUUCAAGAUUCUGUGUUUUCUAGCAGUUGCAACCCUCACUGCUGCUGGAGAGACCUGCCACUCCAAUGACCUGAAAGGGCUAGCAUCUUUUCGGGCAGGGAUUCGGUCGGACCCGUCUGCCCGGAUGCAGAAGUGGACCGGCCGCGGCUGCUGCAGCUGGGAAGGUGUAACGUGCGACAACGAGACCGGAAGGGUGACAGAGCUCAAUCUCCCAGGCCUAUUCACUUCAGAUGAUGUUCCUGUCCAAACCUCAAUGAUUGGCUCUCUCUCUCCUUCAAUAACACUUCUCACAUCUCUUCAAGUCAUUGACCUAUCCGGGCUCAUCGGGUUAAUGGGAGAGAUUCCUCCGAUGAUCGGUUCUCGUCUUCCUGGGCUACGGAAACUCGCCCUUUCGGGCAACAAAUUUGAGGGCCUGUUGCCGGAGAGCAUCGGUGAGCUGUCUGAACUCCAAGAAUUGUACCUGUCUGAAAACAGCCUUACUGGCUCUAUACCUGGAAGCAUAGGAAAUCUCAAAGGGCUGAGAAUAUUGGAUUUGCAGUCGAAUCGAUUUUCGGGUGCUAUACCCGAAUCGAUUACAAACUUGUCGAAUCUAGAACGUCUCGACCUACAGAACAAUUUUCUGACAGGAAGCAUACCUGGUGGCAUUGGUGAUUUGCAGAGUCUGAAAGAGCUUGAUCUGUCGAACAAUUCAUUGUCUGGACGAAUCCCAUCUUCAGUAACUAGGUUGAGGGCCGUCUCGGUUGUCUACCUCGACAACAAUCAGCUUGUCGGGGGGAUUCCACGACUUCUAAGUCCGGACCAGAUGCCUUCCCUAGGUUUCCUCAGACUCAAUGACAAUAACCUGACAGGAAAGAUUCCAUACUCUUUCGGGUUCCUCUCGUCCCUGCAAAGAGUUUCGUUAGCAAACAACGAGCUACGCGGCUCGAUUCCUGCCAGUAUAGGUAACCUAAGAUCUUUGACAGAGCUGUACCUGAGUGGCAACAGGUUAUCAGGGGGUCUACCAAGUUCGAUGAGUCAGCUGGAGAAUCUACUCAUUUUGAGCGUUUCGAACAACUUGAUUGAAGGGCCAUUGCCACAUCAGAUGGAGGCACUCACGAAUCUUCAGACGCUCGACCUCUCAUUCAACGAGCUGAACUUCUCUUACAUCCCCAAGUGGCUCCUGAAGAUGCCUUCUCUGUCUAGGAUUUUCUUGGCCGGGUGCAAUAUCCAAGGUGGAGUAUCGGAGGAUGUUCUGAUCACUCCAAGUCCGCUACAAGAGCUCGACUUGUCAGUGAAUCGUCUCACAGGAAACAUCCCAGAAUGGAUCGGUAAACUAACUGAGCUCUACUCAUUGAACUUAUCACUGAACGGCCUUGAAGAUAAGAUCCCUAGCUCGAUCAUGAACUUAGCGAACCUUGGGGUGCUAGACCUUCAUUCCAACAAGUUGGCAGGUUCUCUAGAAUGGGCUUUUCAGAUACAGAGUAGAUCCACCGGGGGAUCAUUGACGUUUCUUGAUCUUUCAGAUAAUAGAUUCACAGGUGGCAUCGAGCAAAUAGGCACGGGGAUGCAACUCGAUAUACAGUACAUCAAUUUAUCUCACAACUUAAUUAGAGGUAGGUUACCUGAUUCCAUCGGGAGAUUAGAGUCAAUGAAGAGUCUGGAUUUGAGCUACAACAGCCUCGACUCCGAGCUGCCAGCAGCACUGGGAAACGUGAGCUCCAUGGAAAGCCUGAAGCUGCAGAAAAAUCAUUUCACCGGGAAAAUACCAGAUGAGUUUCUCAAGUUCAAGAACCUGAAGAAGUUAGACCUCUCGAGUAAUUCUCUCGAGGGCAGAAUUCCUUACGGGGAGCCUCUGAUCGACUUCCCGAGAGCCUCUUACUCGGGAAACAAAGAUCUGUGUGGCGCACCACUCGAACCCUGUCAGCCUUGAUACCCAAUAUUUCUUUCUUGAACAUUCAGCAUUCUUUUUUUAGCAUCUUAUCAAUUUUGACAACAAAUUUCUGUAAAAAGCGCAAAAAACUGCUGGCUAUCUUAUAGACACAUGUGAUGUAGUUCUUAGUUCAAA